GACUUGGGUACGUGUCUUACGGCGGCAAGAGUGCCAGCACCAACAAAAGACUCACUGGACCCGUCAGCUCCUCUGUUCACCAAGCAUAAUAACCUUACGAGUAAAGCAGAGUGAGCCGAGUGCCUCUGGGUGACACCACCACCUGCUGAUAACACACAAGGAAAAAUAACCCACUUAGACUAGAGCUCUGUCCUUUCUUCAGACGCUGGGAUUUGAAGGAAUUAUUCUGAGGUCUGUGCUGCUAGUAAAUGACUGAUAAAGUUAUAGACUGCACUGUUCUCUUGAGUUCAGAGACUGCAUUGCAAUUGACAACGAAAUCUUGAAGAAUUGCACUGAGGUGCAAGCCAUACUUAACACUCUUCAAGUAAUGUUGAUUGAACUGAGAAAUUGCUAAAACCUGACUUGCUGUAUCUGUUACUACUGCUUCUUGAUCUUACAUUGCUCUCUGUGUUGUCUUUUUAAGUCCAGAUGUUCUCUGAUAAUUCACAUUGCCCUGAUUGUGGGCAGCAAUGGUUUCCUAGUUUAGAACUAGGCCAUUGGUUGUACCAAACUGAACUUGUUGAAAAUGAGUGUUACCAAGUGUUCUUAGACCGCAUUAACAGGGCUGAUUACUGCCCUGAAUGUUACCCUGAUAAUCCUGCUAACAGAAGCCUUGUUCUUCCUUGGUCUUUUCCACUUGAGUGGGCACCCCAAAAUCUCACUCGGUGGACCUUUGAAAAGGCUUGUCAUCCAUUUCUUCUGGGUCCUCCACUGGUUAGAAAAAGGAUACAUGACUCCAGACUAGCUGGUUUUAAUCCUGCACUGCAAUUAAUCUUGACUAGAACAGACAAAACCUUAAACAAAAAACUUGGCCAAAGCAAGUAACUUCUAUAAUAGUCAUGGAGGUAUAGGGAAUUUUUUUUUCUUUUACCAGUAGCCCAGGGAAUAUGAUCAAUAACUAACCCAUUUCUUUUAUUUUCUCUGUCUUUUUCUUUUUUUCCCCCUCUUUUCUUCCUUUCUUUUUCUUCUUCUUCUUCUUCUUUUUUUUUAUGCUGGCCCUUAUGCAUGCUAGGCAAGUGUUCUGCCACUGAGCUGUACCCCAAGCCCUUAUUUCUAAAUCUGACUUGAUUGUCCCUACUUUGGGAAUUCUUUAAACUGAUGAAUCUGCUUCUAUAGUCUUUGCAUAUCUUGUUCAGCAUAAAUUUAAUCAGUAUUCCAGCCAUACUCCUUAUCUGGAACCAGAUUAAUUGUAAUUGCUAUAAAUUAUAUUUUGAACCUAGCUCACUCUUUCUGAAAACUUACAUAGUCUUACAUAUUGACAUGUGAUAAUAUUGUUCUGUAGGAAAGGCCCCAUGCCCUAUGCCCCAUAAUUGUUUUUCUAAAAAUAAACUUUUGUGAGAAAGCAUCCUUGUUAUAGCUGGACUCUAGAUUAUUCUAAUACAUUUUAAUAAACUAUAUUUUAAAUACUUCCUCUUACAAAUGAGAUAUAUGUGUGUGCAUACAUAAAAUUUAUUCAUAUGUAAUCAUUCCUUAUUAGCUCUUUGUAGCUUAUCCUCAGUGUGACUGUUAGAAUAUUGAUAACCAGCCACUGUCACAUUCUAUUAGAAAACACUUACAUGGGUUACACAAAAUGUAUAUAAGCACUGCCUGUUUACACUUACUUGGCUCAGCAUAACCAAAGACUGCCCUGUCUUUGUAGUGACUGAAUAUAGAAAUGUCCUUCCCUUGGAAAUGGAAAAGUACUUCUCCUAUGAGAUUUAUGAUUAAAGAAAUAUAAAGCUUGACCCUGUGAUUUAUAAACAGCCUAGUAGAAGCUUUUUUCUUAAAGUUAAAUCUUGCUGGAUAUUGGCCACAUUCUGGCCUGCUCUUAUUCAUGGAAUCCAACUUAGCAAUCACUAUUGGAAACCUCUCAGGAGCCAAGAUGCUAGGUACUCCAAUGCUUAUGUAGCUGCUCCACAGUGUUACUAAGGAGCCUGGUUCUUUGUGUCCUUCCUCCUUCCCUUGUUUGCUUUUUGUACUUUUGCCUGUUUCUUCAAUAAGUACAGUGUGGUUUGUUGUACCCAGACAUUUCAGUGGCAACCAAAGGCUGGAAGUAGGGAGCAAAACGUUUUCUUCUUUCAAAUCUGUCUUAUUUGGGAAUAAAAUCUCUCUGAAAAGUC